UACUACUUAGAUAAGAACAAAACUUCAACAAAAAUUUAAUUUUAUCCAGUCUAUAUAUAUUUCAUACUCCGUAUAUUUAUAACUACUUUUAGAUCUUUCGCUGCACUGACUGUGCACACUCCCCUCUCUCUCCUACAGUGUUGCGGUUAUUCAAGAUUGUGCAGUUUAUAAAUUCAAUCAAAUGAAAAAAUACAAAAGAGAGGAAGUAUAGUACAAUUGCAAGAAGAUUUCACCAACAAUGUCAACAUCGGAAAUUGCCAGCAUUCUGGACAACUCGAAGGAGCUCGACCGCCUUCGGAAAGAGCAGGAAGAAGUUUUGUCUGAUAUUAAUAAGCUUCAUAAGAAGCUUCAAACCAAUCCUGAAGUAGUUGAGAAGCCUGGGGACACAUCUUUAUCGAAGCUUAAGCACUUGUACACCCAAGCUAAGGAACUAGCUGAAACUGAAGUGAGAGUAUCAAAUGUUUUACUAACACAGCUGGAUGCUUUGCUCCCUCCUGGGCCGCCUGGGCAGCAACGAAGAAGAGUAGAAGGUAAUGAGCAGAAGAAGAAACAGAAGAAAAAUGAUUCUGAUAUCCCAAGGGUCUCUCCUUCCAUGAGAAACCAACUUGAUAACUUUGCUAGUUUGAAAGGUGAACAGGUAGCAGCUAGGGUUACAACAGAUGAAACAGAGAAGGACGAGUAUAUUGUGGUGAAAGUGAUGCAUUAUGACAGGGAAACAAGAGAAUUUGAAGUGCUUGAUGAGGAACCUGGUGACGAUGAAGAGGGUGGUGGCCAAAGAAAAUAUAAGCUUCCUGCAUCACAUAUCAUACCUUUCCCCAAACGGAAUGAUCCUUCUACUGCUCUGGACUUCCCUCCUGGCAGAGCAGUUUUGGCUGUGUAUCCUGGUACAACAGCAUUGUACAAAGCAACAGUAGUGAAUCCAAAUCGCAAGAGGAAGACCGAUGAUUAUCUCCUUGAGUUUGAUGAUGAUGAAAGUGAAGAUGGAUCCAUGCCAAAAAGGACAGUACCAUUUCAUAAUGUGGUUGCCUUGCCAGAAGGACACCGACAAUGAUUAUGAUUCGCUCUUUUUUAUUGAAUAUUGUAACUAUUCAAACGAAUAAGGCAAUGUUAGGGCUUAUGCUUAGAGUGUCUUGAGGUAGCAGAAAGGGCAUGACCUGCCUAUUAUGUUGCUGUCUUGAAGCUAUGGUUGUGAAGAAGGUGAAACAUCUAGAUUACCGUGCAUUAGAGUGGUUAUAACAUGUAGGCUUCUGUAGGUGUUUCGUUGGUUUGGCGAAGACAAGGUAGUUGUAUAUGAUGAAUUCUGGUUUCUAGUGGUUAUGCCACGCAUUUACUGCUUCCCUUUGAUAUCUGCAAUGUUGCACUCAUUGCUCAAGUGAAUAACAUAUAAAUGAGGAUUUAGUUUGCAUGUAUGAUUAGUGGUAAUCUGCUAGAAAAGCAAGGAGAAGAUUUAGUUUGCAAGUAUGUAUUAGAGUUAAUCUGCCAGAAAAGCAAAGAGAGCUUGCUGUAUUAGAAAUUGUAAAGUGGCGUAUCCUUGUAUUCUGGAAAGAACUUGUAAUGCUCGGUGCAGUGAUUUGUACAAGAAACUGUAAAACACGCAUCUGUAUGACUGUAUGGUUUAUAUGCAUCACACAGAUCUGCGCGAGUGGGUGUUUCUUCCUUGCUCCUGACCAUGCUUUGUUUAGCUUGUUGAGGGACCUUUCCUUUGUUCUCUACUACAUUUCACACCUCCAAUUCUGGCAUGCUGGGUUGCAAUUUAUUUUGUAUUGAACUUUAUAUUUGUGAUAUAGUUUUGCUUUCUCUGGAAUAAAGUAUUUUGGUUUAUUUAUUAA